AUUUGUCGAACCAACUAAUAGUGUAAUGUCUUUUGACAUUGCAUUGCUAAUUUAUUCAAUGCCCUUUUUGUCACAUUACAGCAAACCUUUAUUUUGACAUUAUGCUAGGAGUGUAACACAAAGCAAUGAAUUAUUGUGAAGCAGAAGGAAUAUAAUACAUAGGCAUGAGGUUUUAUUUCUAAAUAAAACAAAAGCCUCAUAUUGUUUUCCAGAUUUAAAAUGUAAAACGGUCCUUUGAGCUUUGCUGCCUGAGCUAAAAUUAAAUGUUCUGGCUUUAAACCCACAGCUGUCGUCAACCUAAAACAUGUCCCACAGUUUGUUAAAGGUGAGUGGAGUGUAUUCUAUUUAUGAUUACUCACGUCAUUCAGUCAAACAGCAGUCAUAUCUUCACAGAAAGGUCAGAGCAACAAAGCCUAUCAAUCCAAUAAGAUGGAUGUUAAGCAGAGAGGUAACAAAUUCCCGUGUUCCAUUGGCUUUAUUUAGUCUGGCUCCACUUCACUCGGCCCACUUUGCCAAAAUUGUAACUUCAGGCAAACUUUGAAGCUUUACCAGUCCAGACGGUGGCGUCUCUCUGCUUGUCCUAACACCCCCCCGACUGAGAAUCUGUGGCAACAGUUGAAAAGUGAUGUUCACAGGUUCUCUUCAUCCAUUCUGACUGAACUUGAGCUGUUUUUUGAAGACAGGUGGACAGAAAGUUUAGUCUGUAAAUGUGCAAAGCUUGCUCCAUUGUACAACAUAAGAUCCCAAUAAAAUACAUUAAAAGAUGUGAUUUAUUAAGUGAUCAAAUUUGAAAAGGUUAAAGGGAAGUACUUACUUUUGCAAGACACUAUAUCUUUAAGACUUGUGCUUUGCAGUGGUUAUAGGUUAUUUGCUCCUGACUGACGUAGAAUGUGAAAAUCAACAUUCUCCUCAGUGGGUUAUCAGUAGAGUAGGACAUUGCACUGUUUCCUAAUCCUUGUUGCUAAGCCCCAUUCUGCUAGUUGGAUGACCAGUUGGGCAAACACAUUGGAGGAUAGAAGCGGAAGGCCUCAGCCUCAUGCUUUGCUCCACAAUUAAAAGCUGACUGAACUGUGAAUUCACAGUUUAGUGGCAGCUAUAUACUCAGUGAGGAUUUAGGAAGUGUCCCAGAUGUUGCUGGUGCACCCUUGUGGUCAACUGUUUUUAUUUUGCUGCUCAGGACUUUCAGCAAACAGGCAUAGUAUGCACCUCCCCUCCCCUGGAGAUAAGUAAACCUGCAGGAUUCGGAACUGACUGAAGACAAGAAAUGUCAGCUGGUGAGGCCUUUGUUACCCUGGCCACCACAGACUCCUACUGCAAGGGAGCAACAGUGGUGGCCCGAAGUUUGAGACGGCAUGGAACGACUCGCCAUAUAGUCGUCAUGGUCACGCCAAACAUCUCUGAGCAGUCAAGAAAAGGCCUGGAGAACAUCUUUGAUGAGGUCUUCACAGUGGAUUUAAGGAACAGUGAGGACCAGCUCCAUUUGUCCAUGCUGGGACGUCCUGAGCUUGGCGUCACCUUCACUAAGAUCCACUGCUGGAAUCUGACACAGUACCGAAGGUGCAUCUUCCUAGAUGCUGAUACACUGGUCCUGUGUAACGUAGAUGAGUUAUUCCAAAGGGAUGAACUGUCAGCUGCUCCUGACCCCGGCUGGCCAGACUGCUUUAACUCAGGCGUGUUUGUAUUCACACCGUCCAGGAUCACCUACACCAUGCUCCUGGAUCAUGCCCUGCACCAUGGCAGCUUUGAUGGAGGAGAUCAGGGUCUCUUAAACUCCUUCUUCAGUUGCUGGAGUGUGGGAGACAUCGGUAAACACUUGCCGUUCAUCUACAACCUGUGUGCCAACUCUUUGUACAGCUACCUCCCUGCUUUCCAAUAGUUUGGCCACCAGGCAAAGAUAGUCCACUUUGCGGGAGCUGUGAAGCCAUGGAGCUCACAGAGAAAUGACUCCCGCUCGCAUAUUAUGGAACAGUUUGAGUCUCUGUGGUGGAAAGAAUAUCACUGUCACACAAUGCCGCCUGUUCCAAACAUUCACCCCACUCCAAGUCAACAGAAACAACAGAUCCAAGAACAAGAUGGCAAGAUGCCAUUUACAAGAAAUUUGGAUAGCUCUAGUUCACUGCUCGCACAUUUUUCUCCACCUUCUGACAGUCUUCACUCUCACAUUAAAGAAAUGAUGUUUACCCACACAGAUAGUACUCCCCUGAAGGUUUCACCAAUCUUGGAGAAGGUGUACCAAUCACCAGAGACAACAGGGGUCAAUGAUCUACCUUCAGGAGCUGAAGGGUUGGAGGGUAGUGAUGGCAACUCAGACAGAGACGCUCAGUCGAAUGAAGACAGAGAGGUGGAGCAUCGCAGGAUGUGGGAGGCUGGACAGGUGGACUACCUCGGCAGAGAUGCUUUCCAAAACAUCCAAAAGAUGCUGGACCGCUUCCUGGAUCCACAUAAUGAGACCCUCCUGCCUUAAGCUGAUCCAUCACCCAGUGGUUCUCACCACUCUGUGUACACCACAGUAGCAAGGCUUGGGUAUGGGCAUGUGCAUUGCUAAUAAACAGAGCCUUGCUAAAGUAUUUACACCCCUCAACAUCUCCAAAUGUUGCCUUGUUCCAAACCACAACUUUAUUUUUUUUUAUUGGGAUUGUAUGGCAUAGACCAACACAAAAUGCUAUAUAUUUGCAAAGUGGAUGGACAAUAAUUUAUUAUUUAAUUGUCUUUACAAAUAAAAACCCUUUCUGGAAUUUAGCUCCGUCCAUCUUCCCAUCAACUCUGACCAGCUGCGUUUCAUUGUCUACUAUGACCAGUCCACCUUCCACUGUAUGUUUGUGACUAAUAGGAGCUGAAUACAAAGGCAUGUCACAAUUUAUUGAGUUUGAUUUCUUUAAAAAAUGAAAAACUGUGUGUAAGCUUCCUCCCAUUUUACAGUGAUGGACUAAAAUCACAUAAAAUCCCAUUGGAAUACAAAGACGUUUUUGGUUUUCAUGAGACAAAAUAACGCAUAUUUCAAAUUCACUGAAAGGAAAAUAUUCCAACACAUUUGCAUUUUAGAUCCCUGUCUGACGCUUAUGUUAAUAAUAGAUUUUUAAUGGAUAGUGAAGCUCAGAAGUGUAAAACCACCAAAUAGUUUAAACUAUACAAACGUUUAUAUUUUGUUUAUUAUCUUUUCAUUCAAAGCAAUUAAACAUCUUCCUGUAAUUUUACAUGUAUGAACACUGUGACUCACAUUUACACUUUGUGAUAUGUGUUACUAAUGUUAUUAAUAAAGGUCUCUGACAAAGCUGUGUGUAUAGGAGGACAAAA